UUAGAUUAAUCAGUCAUUCGUAGCGUUUGGCCCCUGAGUUUUAUCAUUUUUUAAAACACCAAUGUCAACAGAAGGCUUUAAAUGUUUCAUAUGUUGAAGAGUUUAUUUCAGCCAGACGUUUAAUCUCAAUUAUUUACUGUUGAUUUAAAGACAUAACAAUAUCAAGCAUUAAAAAGAGGUUUCUUAAACUAUGAAUGUUUAAAACAGAGUCAGUUCCUAAUUAUUCUGUAGACAUUCAUGUUACAUGGUAGACCUAUGGCGAGACGACGCUGGCCCACUUUGACCUAGAUACAAAUGAAGGAGAAAUGCCUGGCCCUUGCUGCUUUAGUUGUAUGCCUGAUCACUCGGGAUGUGAUAUCACAAACUUACAGCAGCACAGUGGCCAUUAUGAAGGACAUCGUAGAGAAUGGUGACUACCACACGGAGGUGCGUCCUCUCAAAGAUCAGUCUCAGGUCAUGAAAGUUUAUGUCAACUUUGAAAUGGUGUCUAUUGUGGGUCUUGAUGAUGUCACUCAAAGCUUCACAGCCAACGGCUUUUUGAUAUUUAAUUGGCUAGAUGAGAUUCUUACAUGGGAUCCCAGUUUGUAUGGCAACCAGACGUUAAUCCAUCCAGUACCUGAGAAGAUCUGGAAGCCAAGAGUUGUGCUGAUGAAUACACUUGGAGACAGGGAUCUCUUCCAGGACGAUGUGGCGCCAGUGUUUAUCAACAAUGAAGGUUCCGUCAGCUGGGUGCCAGGCAGUCUGAUCCCUUCCUCUUGUGAGUUACAAAUGUCAGAUUAUCCAUUUGAUGAGCAAGCAUGUACAAUCACUUUCUUUGCCAUGCAGUACAGUGUAACCGAGCUUGUCUUUGAAGCCAGCUCACCCAAAGUCUUGCUGGACUUUUUCACCAAACACGGAGAAUGGGAACUCUCGGAUACAAGUUUGAAUGUCACGGAGUUGAAUUCGGGAAACUGGGCCGGUUCGGCUGUACAGUUGAAAUUUAAACUGAAAAGACGGCCAACAUUUCUUCUGAUCAAUAUUGUUCUACCAGUUGUCUUUCUUUCUUUUCUCAACCUCCUUGUAUUUGUUAUCCCUGCAGAUUCAGGGGAGAAGAUCAGUUAUGGCAUCACAGUGUUGUUGGCCCUGUCGGUAUUUCUCAGCGUCGUUAGCAGUAUGCUGCCUCGCUCUGGGUCCACAACUCCCAAGCUGACCAUCUACCUCUUUUUGUUGCUCAUCAUCUCCAUGUUGACCGUCAUCGACAGCAUCAUCAUUGUCUACCUGGCUCACAAAGACGAGAAAGAGACGUCCCAUUUGAAAGCCAAAGAAAAUUUUCAAAGUGCAUUCUCUAAAACACAAAAAUUGACUCGCACAAUUUCCUCCAUGUUAAACAACAAAGUGAAACCUAACGACAAUGUCAAUCAUAAUGACUCCAGCCCAAGUCCAAACAAUACAACGUCUGACGCUGACUCUCUCGGGUUUCAAAACUUCUCAACCGUGGACAUGAAGGUUGAGGUGAAUGAACCUAAAGACAAUGCAACUCCUCCCAGAGUUAAUAACUACAGGCUGAUAGGCAAACACAUAGACAGAGUGUCUUUCAUUGCCUUCUUUAUUCUGUGGAUCUUAGUGACACUAGGGUUCUUGUUAGACAUGGCUGUCUGAUGGUACACGUGCCU